AUGAAAGACUUGGGGGAUCUCAAGUAUUUUUUGGGUAUUGAAGUUUUAAGAUUAACAUCAGGGAUCAUUUUGAACCAAAGAAAGUAUAUUCUAGAGUUGAUUGCUGAAACAGGUCUUAGUGGUGCUAAGCCUGAUAUUACUCCCUUAGAGUGUAAUACUAGGCUCACCUCUAUUGAGUAUGAUCACGCAACAGGUGCAAAAGGUGAUGAACUAUUGUCUGAUAUUUUCUCUUACCAAAGACUUGUUGGGAAGCUUAUGUAUGCCACCAUUACAAGGCUAGACAUUAACUUUGUUGUACAGGCUCUAAGACAAUUCAUGCAACAUCCCAAGAAGUCUCACUGGGAAGCAGCUACUAGGGUAGUUAGGUACUUAAAAAAUUCUGUUGGCCAAGGUGUCUGGUUAAAGGCUGAACCUGCUAAUACUUUGACUUGCUGGUGUGACUCUAAUUGGGCUGCCUGUCCAAACACCAGAAGAUCAUUUACUGUUUAUGCUAUUCACUUUGGUGAAUCACUCAUAUCAUGGAAGUCCAAGAAGCAAUACACUAUUUCUAGGAGUUUUGCUGAAGCUGAGUACAGAAGCAUGGCUUCAGCAGUUGCAGAACUCACUUGGCUGGUUGGAUUCUAUUAG